AAAAUGCAUCUGGCAAUCAAAAGUGAGAAAAGUGUAAAUAAAUAAAUCACUAUUUUAACAGCUGUUGAUUGUUCUGGAGAGCCGAAUCUAAUUUUAAAAAUAAAAUGAGUUUCUCACGAAGUGAUACAAUGAUUAAGUUCAACAUCUGUAUUGAAUUCUUAUUUUUCCAAACUUAAGAAUCCAGAUUUUUGUGGCAAAUAAGAUUACUUUGUAAAAUUACUCUUAUUCAAAAUGGUGUCUAGUCGCAAGUUGAUGAUUAUUUCUGGUUUAAUAUUUUUGGUUUGGGUUGGUGUAGGAAUUCUUAUGUAUACAUCUCCUUCCAUGAAACUUCCAUCAGAUGAUCAGAAUCUAAUUAUGUCAGAAGAAGUUGUGAAAUGCAAGACAUAUGGCCAAAAACUGAGUCCAGAUUUUUGGAAACAUGUUGACUUACAGAGAGAUAUUCCAAGUUCUGUGAACAAAACUGUACCUCAAAUUGCUGUACAUUCUGAUUUUGCCACUAUACAGAAUACAAAAAUACACUAUCUCUACGCUGUUCAUCCAAAUCCUGCUAUGAAGAAGGAUGUGUCAGUUUUAUUACUUCACGGCCAAGCAUUUACAUCUGAUAUUUGGAGAAAACUUAAUACCAUUCAAAAUAUUGCUGCAUUUGGUUUUCAUCCUGUUGCCAUUGAUUUACCAAAAUAUGGUAAGAGUCCAGCCAUUGAAAACCUGAACAGAGGGGAGUUUUUGGACAGUGUCAUCAAAACACUGAACCUGAAGAAUCCCGUGAUCAUUAGUCCGAGCAUGAGUGGUUCCUUCUCAUUGCCGUAUCUCUUGGAACAUUCUGACAAACUUGCUGGAUUUGUACCAGUUGCACCUGUGGGUAUAAACAUUCUGGACAAAAGUUCAUGCAAAAAUGGUGAAAAUGUGUACAAAACAUCUUUGAGUGAAGACUGUGAAAGAAUUAAAGGUUACUUGAAAAAACAACCUCCAGAUUUGAGUUGUAUAAAGGUACCAACUUUAGUUGUAUUUGGUGAGAAAGAUCGAGGAGAAAAUUCUGCUAAGUUGUGUUUUUUGCCAAAUAGUCAAGGAGCUGAAAUUCCAAACGGCAGUCACACUGCUUACAAGAGCGAUCCUGAACUGUGGCAUAAGUUACUUUACAACUUUCUUUCUGUGAUAAAUGAAACAUUAAAGUGUAAAUAAUGUUAUUACAUGUUCCAUGUUAGUAUGGAUUUAAUAUUAUGUGAUUUUUGCACAUUUUGCUUUUGCACUUUGGAGUUAAUACAUGUAUAUUGUUAACAGAUCUUUUGUAAGAUAUAUUAUGAAGUUUUUCUCAUAAUAUGUAUUGCAUUUAACUAUAGCACUUUUCUAUUUUCAUUUUUAUGUUGCACUUUUAGUUUUUAAAGCAUGUUUUGAAUUGAAAUACAGAAAAUGCCUGAUUAUCAAGAGAACUGUGUGGGGUGACAGCAGAAAAUUGGCCUAUUCUGCAGUUAAUCCACUAAAUGGUCAUAAGAUUUUCAUUCUUAUAUGUUUGAUCUGAUUAAGUUAGUUUCCCUAUUAUUUGUAAUUGGUGUUUUGCCAAGGCAAAAAAGAACAUUAUUUUCCAAAAAAAUGAAGAAAGAUAAUGAGAUAUAUAUUUAAAUACCAUAGAAUACAGACUCAUGAAGACAGAAUAUCCUAAGGCAGAAUCUGAUCAUAUGUAUAAAAUAUUCUGGAGCAGAAUCUCACAUGAAGAAAAUACUCAUAGAUAGAGCAGAUUCUAGGGAAAAAAAUGAAAAAUGAAUAUAAAGCUUGCAUUAAUCAAAACCGAAAUGUACUGUCUCUCUAAUUAAAGAACUCUCCUUGCCAUUUGUCUGGAACAACUAUCAUUGACAAUACUUAUAAAGUUUGACUGGCCGGCAAAAUAUCCUAAGGCAAAAUCUAAUUAUAUCUGUAAAAUAUUCUGGGGCAGAAUCUCACAUGAAGAAAAUAGAUGGAGUAGAUUUGAAAGAAAAAAAAAGAAAAAGAAAUAAAUAUAAAGCUUGCAUGAAUCAAAACAGAAAUGUACUGCCUCUCUAACUAAAGAACUCUCCUCAUUUCUCUAGAACGUUUAUCAUUGACAAUAGUUAUCAAAUUAGACUGUUAAAAAUAGGGGAUAGCAGUAAACAUUUUGGACAAGUUAUAAUGUGGGUCAGUGAAAAAAAGUAACAUAAGCUUCCCGGAAGAGUUCAUUGGUUAAUUGGGCAAUAUUUAGAUAAUCAUGACAGUUUUCUGAAAAUGAUGUUAUAAACCUAAAUUUUCUUGUCUUACUUUAUCUCCCUUCUGCAGAGAAGUUGGUAAUUCAUUAGAUGCUUGGAAGUCAUGCUUAUCUUUCUUCUCUUCAAUAAUGCAUGGGCAAAACAGAGAAGAACUAAAAUUAUUCCCUGUUCCAAUAACUGUGAAAUUUUCAUGCGACCUAAAAUCCCUUUAGAGUUGUUUGGUCUUUAGUUCACAGGACUAUUGAUUAUUGUUUCAUGAUGCUCAGAGUCAUUAAACUAAAGUGGUCUUGGACCAACAGAUUAUCGUUAAUUUUAAUCUCUGCUAAUAAAGUUUUUAAAAUUUACUUAACUAUUUGGUGCAUGCAAAAUUUUGUAAAAUCAGACCACAUGUACAUCACAAGAGAAAUGACCAGGAGUUUACGGUGUAGUAAGUGUACAUGAACAUAUAUAUAAAAAAUGUGAUGCAAUAGUUUUAAAUGUUUUUAAUGCAAAUUAAAUGAAUUUCAUUUUUUAGAACCUUUUACAAUAUUUUACAUGUUACAGCCUCAAUAUAUUGUCAACAAGCAUCCUAUCUUUGUCUUAAUUUCCCAUGAAUAACAAUAAAAAAUAAUAUAAUUGCAUUAAUAAUUAUUAAUAAUUUCACUAUCAACUUAGAUUCAUAAUAAAAAGAUAGUUUCAUAUUUGAUGGUAAAUUGGCAUAUCUGAUACAAUAUAUCAUCUAUAUUUGCCUUUUCAUAUUUUUGCCACUAAGUCUUGCAAUGUCAAAAUCUACUUAAAGAUUUUUAGUUAACAUUUUAUUAUAUUUAUCUGGAAAUUUUUUACUCAAACAUUUUAUCUUACCCCUUCUUGAUACAUUCCAUCAUUAAUAGAUAAAAUCCAUUCCAUUAAAAGAUUCAUCAUUAAUAGAUGUUGUUUUAUAUUACAAAGUUGACUUAUUUAUGUUAAAAUGUGAAAGUUAUAUUGCUGUUUAUUAAACAUGAAAAUUCUUAUGAA